AUGCAUAUUCAACAAUGGAAUUGCAUAGACAAUGAAACGAAAUCACUGUUUUUGGCGGUUGAGGAGUUCAUUGUUCCUGUGUGUGCCUUUUUCCCGGGUAUAGAUUUAGAAAUGACGGAAAAGCCGGUUAUCUCGCAGUAUAUGAGGGACAAAGCAAGUCGGACAAGGCUUGCCAUCGAGUCAUUCUAUGCACAAACUGUAACUCAAGCUGUUGAGCGAGAUUCGCGAGCUAAAAAACUCGAAGAGAAAAUGGCCGCCGAGGGAAUAAGUGAAGACGAAAAAGAAGAACGGCGAAGAGUGCAGCAUUCAAAGGAGACUGAUUUUCUUCGGUUGAAACGAACUCGAUUGCAUGUGACCGAUUUUGAGAGCCUCAAAGUUAUUGGUCGUGGCGCAUUUGGAGAGGUCCGAUUAGUGCAAAAAAUUGACAGUGGUCACAUCUAUGCCAUGAAAAUCUUGCGAAAGAGUGAAAUGCUGGAGAAGGAGCAGACUGCUCAUGUCCGUGCCGAGCGAGAUAUACUGUCCGAGGCUGAUUGUGAAUGGGUUGUAAAGAUGUAUUAUUCAUUCCAAGACUUCGUUAAUUUGUAUCUUGUGAUGGAGUUUCUGCCUGGUGGUGACAUGAUGACGCUACUAAUCAAGAAGGACACGCUUAGUGAAGAAGCAGCGCAAUUCUAUAUCGCUGAGGCGGCCCUUGCUAUCCAGUUUAUUCAUAAUCUCGACUUUAUACAUAGAGAUAUCAAACCUGACAAUCUUCUUCUGGAUGCCAGGGGCCAUGUGAAGCUCUCCGAUUUCGGGCUAUGCACUGGGUUGAAAAAAAUCCACCGCACUGAGCACUACAGGAACUGGCCUUCACAACUUCCACCUGAUUUCGUUUCGAAACCCGUCGAGUCCAAACGCAAGGCUGAGACAUGGAAGAAGAAUCGCAGAGCCUACGCCUACUCUACCGUUGGCACCCCUGACUACAUCGCACCCGAAGUGUUUCAGCCAAAUGGGUACACGAAAAGCUGCGAUUGGUGGAGCCUUGGUGUGAUACUUUACGAAAUGCUUAUCGGUUAUCCGCCAUUCUGCUCUGAAACGCCACAAGAAACGUAUAGGAAGGUUGUAAACUGGCAGCAAACUCUGGUAUUUCCACCGGAGAUGCCCAUUAGCGUUGACGCGAAAACGACAAUAAAACGUUUCUGUUGCGAGCCAGAGAGACGCAUGGGUCAUAAUGGAGGUCUUGAGGAAAUCAAGCAAUGCAUAUUUUUCAGAAGAAUUGACUGGAACCAUAUCAGGGAGCGACCAGCACCAAUAAGGGUCGAAGUGAAAAGCAUUGACGAUACUAGCAACUUUGAUGACUUCCCGGAAGUGGACAUGAGAUGGCCUGUUGACACGGCUCCGCAGAAAUUGAAACCAGAGGAACAACCCGGUCAUCGUGGAGAAUUUGUCGAUUUUACAUACAAACGUUUCGAUGGGCACACGCAGAAAAUGCGUUACAGCGAAAUGAAUAAGCAAUCUCGAACUCACGGUGGUCCCGGUGAGGGUACUCAAACCGCGGUGUAGUACAAGUCUUUCAUAGAUUCUUCAUCUUCGCCUGUGAUCUUUCAAAUGCCUAAUAUAUCGUCAUCUCUCUUUUCAAGACCUGAACCAGUUACUGGUUUUUUUUUGUAUAUACUUGUGUUUAUAUCAGUGCUAGUAACAUUCCUCUGUGAUUCAUCUCGUCUCUUUUCGCUAGGUUUUUGUGUGUUGUCGAAAACUGGGUGCGGGUAAUUCCGUACUUCAAUCAAAGGGUUAGAUCUGUGUCCUCUAUCAGAGUUAUAUAUUGUUUGCGGGAAACAAGAGAAUAUGUGCUGUUUAUCGAGAUGUGCAGUAAAUUGUUUUGCCAACUUACUUAAUCUUCAUGGCACAUGUAUAACCUGAUGGUACGUUUGCAC